CUCCCCUGUAAUACAGUUUCCGCCGUGGUGUGCAUGCAGGAGGAGGUUUUGUAUGGGUGAUGCUGCUUGUGGAGUAGAAAUGGUGCUUCCUGUACCGCCAUCAGUCUCUAUCAUAUUAUUAGAUAUUGAGGGCACCACGACCCCAAUUACGUUUGUAAAGGACAUACUGUUUCCUUAUAUAAAAGACAAUGUUAAAACGUAUCUGCAGGAACAUUGGGACAAGGAAGAGUGUCAAGAGGAUGUCAGUCAGCUUAGAAAACAGGCAGAGAAGGACAUCCACCUGAAUGGAAAUGUGCCAAUUCCUUGUCUCUCAGAAGAUAAAGCUGACUUAGAGAAAAUGAUUCAAGCUGUGGUAGAUAAUGUUCACUGGCAGAUGUCAUUAGACAGGAAGACUACAGCUCUAAAGCAACUGCAGGGUCACAUGUGGAGAUUGGCUUAUGUUACAGGAGAAGUUAAGGGAGAGGUCUAUGAGGACAUAGUCCCAGCUAUCAAAACAUGGAGAGCAGCAGGCAUGAAGGUAUAUAUUUAUUCUUCAGGAAGUAUAGAAGCACAGAAACUUUUGUUUGGAUACUCCAUGGAAGGCAACUUGUCGGAGCUCCUUGAUGGACACUUUGAUACUACAAUUGGGCAUAAGGUGGAGAGUGAGAGUUACAGGAAUAUCGCAAAGAACAUUGGAUGCUGCCCUAAUAAUAUUCUUUUCUUGACUGACAUUACCAAAGAGGCCAAGGCAGCAGAAGAAGCAGGGAUGCACGUGGCUGUGGUAGUAAGGUCUGGUAAUGCCGCACUAACAGAUGAGGAUAAAUCAUCGUACGCUUUUAUUACGUCUUUUAGUCAGAUCAUUCUGAAUUCUGAGAAAUAAUGCAGAUAGUUACAAAUCAGUGCUUUUUGUUAUGCAUUUACAAUAAAUGUGAAUUAAAAAAAAAAAAUGUGUUAAAGUAUUUUUGAGAACAUUGGACAUAUAUAUUAUUCUAUAUUUCUAUUACAAGCUAACCUUAGUUUCUUAACCUUUCUACAGCCUGGUACACCCACUUUAUUCCCGCUGACUCUUUCUGACCUGUAACAUUAUUAGUAUAAUUAAUUACUAUGAUAAUAAAUAUCAAUUAUUGUGAUUAUUAAUGUAUCAAUACAUACCAUCAUAUCAACAUUUUGAAACCUUUUUUAUUUUGGUUUAUUUGUACUAAUUUCUUUGGUAAAGAAACAAUAAACAUCUUGUAAUUGAAAA